AUGGCUCGAGGACACGCGCACCGCGGGGGAGGCAACCGCUCGUAUGCCACCCAUCGCUCGUCGUUCAAACCGAAAUUAACCGUCGCGAAAGGCCCUGCGUACACGUACACGGCGAAUCUGUCGAAUGGGAAAAAGUACAUCGGCAUGGCCCACUCGAAGACCACCCAUCGCUCGUCGUUCAAACCGAAAUCAAUCGUCGCGAAAGGCCCUGCGUACACGUACACGGCGAAUCUGUCGAAUGGGAAAAAGUACAUCGGCAUGGCCCACUCGAAGACCAAUUUGUUGCAGAGGAUCAGCGACCAAGAGAGUGGUAACGCGGCGGCGUCCAGGAUAUGUCAACAAAAUCGUGUCGUAAACAUCAGCCACGUUUACAAGCACAAGGACGUCGCAACAGCGAAGAAGGCGGAGACGGCAAGGUAUCACGCCUGCAAAGAGUUGUAUGGUGCCUCGAAUGUUCGCGGCGCGGGACAAACAAGACCGUUCUGA